CAGUUUAAGUGGUAGGGCUGUAAUGGAAGUUGAGAGGUGGAAGCGGUGUGCUGUAUUCGUUAUUUAUAAAAUAAAACUGUUAAACAUUUAAAUUUUAAGCCCCGCUCCUUUCUAAACAAGGUAAAAAGAUAAGGAACAAGACCUACAAUUCUAUGAAACUGUCCCUACCAGCAAGUGUGUUGUUUUUGAUGCCUUGCAUUUAAAUGUGGCAUUAUGCCAGCAGCUACUGUAGAUCAUAACCAAAGAAUUUGCGAGGUCUGGGCUUGCAACCUAGAGGAGGAGCUGAAGAGAAUCCGCCAAGUUAUUCAUAAAUAUAACUACGUUGCAAUGGACACAGAGUUUCCAGGUGUAGUAGCAAGACCAAUCGGAGAAUUCAGAAGCAAUGCUGACUACCAGUACCAGUUACUUCGAUGUAAUGUAGACUUGUUAAAGAUAAUCCAAUUAGGCCUGACUUUCAUGAAUGAACAGGGCGAAUACCCUCCUGGCACUUCAACAUGGCAGUUAAAUUUUAAAUUUAACCUCACGGAGGACAUGUACGCUCAGGACUCCAUAGAACUGCUAACAACAUCUGGCAUCCAGUUUAAAAAACACGAGGAAGAGGGGAUUGAAACACUCUACUUUGCAGAAUUGCUUAUGACCUCUGGUGUGGUACUGUGUGAAGGGGUCAAAUGGCUGUCUUUCCAUAGUGGCUAUGACUUUGGAUACCUAAUCAAAAUCCUAACAAAUUCCAACUUGCCAGAAGAGGAAUUGGAUUUUUUUGAGAUCCUCCGUUUGUUCUUUCCUGUCAUAUAUGAUGUGAAGUAUCUCAUGAAGAGCUGCAAAAACCUCAAGGGUGGCUUGCAAGAAGUAGCUGAACAGCUGGAAUUGGAGAGAAUAGGGCCACAGCACCAGGCUGGCUCAGACUCUCUACUGACAGGCAUGGCCUUCUUUAAAAUGAGAGAGAUGUUCUUUGAGGAUCACAUUGAUGAUGCCAAAUACUGUGGUCACUUGUAUGGCCUUGGUACUGGUUCACCCUAUGUUCAAAAUGGCACAGGCAAUGCAUAUGAGGAAGAAGCUAAUAAACAGCAGUCAUGACACGAUGA